AUGGCGCCCGAGGCCGGGGCGGCCCCGCGCGCGCGGUGCCCGCUGCCCUGGGCGGCGCUGCUGCUCCUGGCGGCGCUGCUGCCCGUCGUGUCCCCGGCGGGGGCUCCAGCUGACCACCCACUGAAGCCAAGGCACGUGAAACUGCUGUCCACUAAAAUGGGCCUGAAAGUCACAUGGGACCCACCCAAAGAUGCUACCAGUAGACCCGUGGAGCAUUACAACAUUGCCUAUGGGAAGUCACUGAAAAGUCUUAAAUACAUCAAGGUGAAUGCCGAGACGCACUCCUUCCUCAUUGAGGAUGUGGAGCCGGGUGUAGUGUACUUUGUGCUGGUUACUGCAGAAAACCACAAUGGAGUGAGCCGUCCAGUUUACAGAGCUGAAAGCCUGCCUGGAGGUGAAUGGAUCAAGAUUGAUGGUUUUCCCAUUAAGGGUCCAGGACCAUUUAAUGAAACCGUCACAGAAAAGGAAGUGCCAAACAAGCCCUUGCGCGUGCGUGUCCGAUCCUCAGACGACCGGCUCUCCGUUGCGUGGAAGGCACCACGCCUGUCGGGAGCCAAGAGUCCACGCAGAUCACGGGGUUUUCUUCUGGGCUACGGGGAAAGUGGCCGGAAGAUGAAUUAUGUUCCGCUGACAAGAGAUGAGCGAACACACGAAAUUAAAAAGCUGGCCUCGGAGUCGGUGUAUGUGGUCUCCCUGCAGUCCAUGAACUCACAGGGGCAGAGUCAGCCUGUCUACAGGGCUGCCCUAACGAAACGGAAGAUUUCAGAAGAGGAUGACCUGGAUGUGCCUGAAGACAUCAACGUCCGGGUCAUGUCAUCCCAAUCUGUGCUUGUAGCCUGGGUGGAUCCAGUUUUGGAAAAACAGAAGAAAGUUGUUGCAUCAAGACAGUACACCGUGCGCUAUCGAGAAAAGGGGGAAUCAGCAAGGUGGGAUCACAAGCAGACCUCGAACAGACGCGUGUUGGUUGAGAACCUGAUUCCAGACACCAUGUAUGAAUUCGCAGUCCGUAUUUCACAGGGUGAAAGAGACGGCAAAUGGAGUACAUCUGUCUUCCAGAGAACACCAGAAUCUGCUCCUACAACAGCUCCUGAAAACUUGAACGUCUGGCCAGUCAAUGGCAAAUCUACAGCUGUCACUGUCGCUUGGGAUGCACUGCCUGAGACCGAAGGGAAAGUGAAAGAAUACAUUCUUUCAUACGCCCCGGCUCUCAAACCAUUUGGAGCAAAGUCCCUCACCUAUCCUGGAGAGACUACUUCUGCCCUAGUGGAUGGUCUGCAGCCUGGGGAACGCUAUCUUUUCAAAAUCCGGGCCGCAAACAGGAGAGGACUGGGGCCUCACUCCAAAGCCUUCAUUGUCGCUAUGCCAACAACUGGUUCUGGCGUGUCCGAUGUGCAGAAAACCCACGCAGAGGAUAACUGGAAGCCUGAAAAGCCAGAGAUGUCUCCCAAAGCUCCCACUUCCUCAAAACACACUCAUUUGCCUGUUUCUCCCCGAGGCAGAAAUGUCAAGAACCCUCUUCUUGACUUGAAGAACAAAAUAUUGGCUAACGGUGGGGUGCCCAGGAAACCCCAGGUUCACUCCAAGAAGACUGAAGUUUUAGAUCUUCAGUCGACAGAAAUCACCGGCGAGGAGGAGCUGGAUUCUCGGGGAGACCCACCAACCACGUCCUCGGAGACUCAAGACCAGAAGCCACAGCAGAGGCCACCAAGUAGAUCUGUCCCCCCAGCCCUUGCUCCUGGAAGGACUCCAGCCAGAGCUCACACACUAGCGCUGCCCCGAAAGGAAAGUGUAGACAGGGCUCCCUACCCUCGUCCAGGGGCCUCCCCUUCCGCGCCAGCCUCGUCUGCACCCCACACACCCACUGAGGGCAGCCCUCACCGCCCUUCAGGGGGGCCCUUCCCCAACCUGCCCUCCAGCUCUGCUGACAAUGACUCGGUGGGCCAAGAGGAGGAAGAGCCAGCUGCAGGCUCCCCGGCCCCCAAGGACACCGCUUUCCAGCGGCCGCCUCCCAAGAGCCCCACCCACGUUCGGCCAGCCGUGUGGCCCAGCCGCCAGGCCCCCUCCAGCGCCCUGCGGGACAGGAGCCCUGCGCACCACGGCACAAAACCAGCCUUGCCCGCUCGAAGGGCACCCCAUUUGGGGGACAGGGAGGAAAAUUCAGAUGCUUCAGUGCCACCCUCCAAACUUUCUCCUCCCCAGGGAGGGUCAUCUCGGGUUUUGCCCCCUGAACCACACCCCGGAGCUCCACUGUCCAGGGGCUGGAAGGCUGGGCACGACACCCCAGCUACCAAGUCCAGUGCACCAUCACAGUCCAAGUCGUCCUCGUCUUCUGGUGUCUCCUCAAGGACACAGGCCUCUGAAGGAGGAGAUGCCUCUGAUGGUGCUGGUGACAAUGAUACAGAAGAUAAAGGCAGGCAGGCUGAGGCCACAGCUCCCACGUCCCGGGCCCGGCUGCCAGCAGGUCCGCCUGUCUCUGGGCAUUUCAGUUUGUUCAGAAACAAACCCUUUGCUGCCCACACGAGAUAUCCCAGCCGGUUUGGCAGCGGCCGAGGACUCCGGCUGCAUCCCUCCAGCUCUCCACCGUCCACCGUGUCCCCCCGAGUUCACUCGAGGGUGAAUUCUCAGUCAGCUGCUGACCAUACGCACGGCUCGAGUAUCCACAGAGAGGGCGCGGAGAGUGAAGCAGAGGACGAGAAGCCGCUUCCCGCCACCAUGGUACACGACCACGUGUCCUCCUCCUCCUCCUCCAGGCAGCCUUCCUCCCUGGGUGUGGAUCACCUCAGAAGAAGCCCGCAGAGAGGGGUGAGCGCUCAGCGGAAGGAGCCCCUGGCGGAGAACCCCAAGUCCGCGGGCCCUGUGGCAGGUGCCCAUCCUCAGGGCAAAGCCCUGCUCCCCAAGGCGCAGGAUGUUCAGCAGAGCACAGAAGUGGCUGUGGAGCGCGGCUACCCCAAAGCGCAACUGGCCCCCGCUCGGCGGUCACAGCACCACCCCGGGGCCAGCGUGCCUUCCUCCGAGGUCUCCGUGGCGCAGCCACAGCCCCGUGGUCCCCAGAACAAGGAGAUGGGGCGUCUGCCGGCCAACCCCCAGCCCGAGCGUCCCCACCCCGCGGCGCAGGAAAGCGCCUCUUUCUCGGACCCCUACGCGGCCAGAGGCAGUCAGUCCCCACACACGGCCAACUCCCGAGGGGUGCUCCCCACGUCUCCCCACAAUCGCAACGAGGAUUCCGAGGGCCGAUCUGGCGGAACCCCCCACGACGGCGCAGAAGCAGCGGCUCGGGCCAGGGAGGCCACCGCAUCCCUUCCCAAGCACAGCCAGCUGGAGGCUCAGGCAGGAGGCGCGGGCGACAGUCACCUCCGCAGACCCCCGGUCUCCCCGCCGAGGCCCGGCAGCCCCCGCCCCCACCCUCUCGCCCGCCCCAGGGGCCCGGGCCGGUUGGGGCCCCAGGCUGUGGGGAAGAAGGACCCAGCCUCCCCGUCCAAACGCCAGCCCCUGCCGUCUAAAUCUCAGCAGUCCGUCUCGGCAGAGGAGGACGACGAAGACGCGAUGUUUUUUAAAGGAGCAAAGGACAAGGACCCUCUGUCUUCCUCUGUUCUAAAGUGGCCCUCCUCCUCCAGCCCCAGGGGCGGCAAAUACGCAGAUGGGAACAGCGCUAAGGACAAGACUGUGCCCGCGCCUCCCAGGGUGAGCUCCCCCCAGGACGAGAACGACACUCCAGUGCAGCGUCCUCCCCUUCCAGGCAGCCCCCCGAGAGCCCCACACCUCCCGCCCCGACCCCCCCACCGCAGCCCGGCCACCGCAGGCCCCACCGCCCGGGUGCGGUUCACCACCCGCGCCCCUCCGGCCUAUACUGCCACCACCCCCAUGCUCUCCUUGCGCCAGCGCAUGAUGAACUCCAGGUUCCGGAACCCUCUGGCCCGCCAGCCUGUGAGGUCCCCUACCAGGCCAGGUUAUAAUGGCAGACCAAAUGUAGAAGCCAAAGUACUUCCUGGUAGUAAUGGAAAGCCAAGUGGACAAAGAAUUAUCAAUGGCCCUCAAGGAACAAAGUGGGUCGUGGAUCUCGACCGUGGGUUAGUAUUAAAUGAAGAGGGAAGGUACCUCCAAGAUUCACAAGGAACUCCUCUUCGGAUUAAACUGGGAGGAGAUGGUCGCACCAUUGUGGAUCUGGGAGGGACGCCUGUGGUGAGCCCUGAUGGCCUUCCCCUCUUCGGGCAGGGGCGGCAUGGCAAACCUCUGGCCAGUGCCCAGGAUAAACCCAUUCUGAGUCUUGGAGGGAAGCCCCUGGUGGGCUUGGAGGUUGUGAAAACAACCACCCGUGCCCCCACCACAACCACACCACCCACCACGACAACCCCAAGACCCACGACCACCACCACCCGCCGCACGACCACCACCACACGUCCAACGACCACGAUUCGAACCACUACGCAGACAACCACCACCCCUGAACCCACCACCCCUGUUCCCACCUGUCCCCCUGGGACCCUGGAGCGGCACGAUGAAGAUGGCAACCUCAUAAUGGGCUCCAGCGGGGUCCCAGAGUGCCACCCCGAAGAAGAUGAUUUCUCAGGAUUGGAGACUGACACAGCGAUACCCACAGAAGAGGCGUAUGUUAUCUAUGACGAAGAUUAUGAAGUUGAGACCUCGAGCCCACCGACCACCAGCAGGCCUCCCACCACCAGGCCUCCCACCACGGCUGCGGCCCCUGAGGUCAUCCCGACAGAAGGCUCCAUUAGCUCCUUUCCUGGAGAAGAGUUUGAUCUGGCUGGAAAGAAACGAUUUGUUGCUCCUUAUGUGACAUACCUAAGUAAAGACCCAUCAGCCCCAUGCUCUCUGACUGAUGCUCUGGAUCACUUUCAAGUGGAUAGCCUGGAUGAACUCAUUCCAAAUGAUAUGAGGAAGAGUGAUCUGCCCCCUCAACAUGCCCCCCGCAACAUCACUGUGGUCGCUAUGGAAGGCUGCCACUCAUUUGUCAUUGUGGACUGGGAUAAAGCCACCCCAGGAGAUGUGAUAACAGGUUACUUGGUUUACAGUGCAUCCUAUGAAGACUUCAUUAGGAACAAGUGGUCUACUCAAGCUUCUUCGGUAACUCAUUUGCCCAUUGAGAACUUGAAGCCAAAUACAAGGUAUUAUUUUAAAGUUCAAGCCAAAAAUCCACAUGGCUACGGACCCAUCAGCCCUUCGGUCUCAUUUGUUACAGAAUCAGACAAUCCUCUGCUUGUUGUGAGGCCACCCGGUGGUGAGCCCAUCUGGAUCCCAUUUGCUUUCAAACAUGACCCCAGCUACACGGACUGCCACGGCCGGCAGUAUGUGAAGCGGACGUGGUAUAGAAAAUUUGUGGGAGUUGUUCUUUGUAAUUCACUGCGGUAUAAGAUCUACCUCAGUGACAACCUGAAAGAUACAUUCUACAACAUUGGGGACAGCUGGGGAAGAGGUGAAGACCACUGCCAGUUUGUGGAUUCACACCUUGAUGGAAGAACAGGGCCUCAGUCCUACGUAGAAGCUCUCCCCACCAUUCAAGGCUACUAUCGCCAGUAUCGCCAGGAGCCAGUCAGCUUCGGCAACAUUGGUUUUGGAACCCCCUACUACUAUGUGGGCUGGUAUGAGUGUGGGGUCUCCAUUCCAGGGAAGUGGUAACCAUGGGAUGAUCGUGCUGAAACUUGCCCCGUCCGGCCCCCCUGGGCUAACUUGCACUAGGGGCUGAGAGCAGGAACAGACAGAGAGCGUUCCAAGCCCCACCGACCCUGGGUGCCAGCAAGGCCACAUGGUGGACAGCGGACAUUUCAGGUGUCUUCAGUCUGGAACUCAGUCCUCCUCUUUGGCCUGGACUACACACAGUUCAAUGUUGCUGUUAACUUUGCUUCUCCACAUGGUUUCCUGGUAAUAGCACAUCCCAGAGGAACACGCAACUACAGUAGGAGAUGCCCACUGAUUGAGUACAGUUUUCACACUUUUUAGGCACAAAAUUCAGACAUGUCGUCUCCAGGGAACAGCAUAAAUAAACAUGAGCUUGCUUCAGGGACUGCUACAUGCUUUCUUUUCUCUCAUUGGACUCUUCCAAAAUUAGUCAAAUUUAAGUUUCAGAUCACUCUCUAUGCAGUAGAACUGAAUUACUAAAAACACCACCAAAAGAAAUAUAUCCUACUUCAGAUUUAUUCCAUGGACUUACCCACUACUAGAUCAAAUGUACCAAAUCAUAUUUGUAAAUUCUCAAUUUUGGUAUAUAUAUAUAUAUGUAUAUAUGCAUAUACCUAUCCUCACUUGUCUGCAAGAACACCGAUUAAAGUUGCUAAAUUUGUACUUGUUCACUAGAUAAAUGUGUGUGGGACUUUUUGGAGCAAAGGUACUGUUUACUAACAUCUUUUGGAAGUAUCCACAGAAUCCACAGUAUCCACAGAAUCUGUAUACUACGUAACGUGAACAAUGGAAGUGCGUGCCGCUAGACUGUGGGAGUGACGGGGAUACUGCAGUGUUAGCAGUGACCUAGUCACAGACCGAGUGCUUUCUACCUAAGGAGACAGACAAUCUUUCCAGA